AAAUUACCUCUUCCUGCUGCGCGAGACAUCGCAUUUCGCAGAGUACGAACAGGUGGAUCUGUCAUCUACUUGUUUGGAGCAGAACGCUCAACAUCUCGGAAUAGCAAAAGAAGAUCAAAUGAACAACAACGUAGUACUAGUGGCAGAGGGCGGUGGCAAGAACAUCAAAAAAGAAGGCGACCUAGUUGUACUUGGUCCAUCUGAAG